AUGGUUUCUUUCUAUCGCAUGGCCGAUUUCCUCCAAAGUGGUACGGCGUUCUGGUCUGGCAUUGCUGGACUGAUCGUGGCACUCAUCGCCCCGCAAGAUAGCUUCUUUCACGUCCCAGCGCCGCUGGAGGAGGUUGUGAUCGUCAUGAUGCUCUUGCCUGUAUUCUUGCCAGUCGUGUUCGGCAAGAAGAUUAAGAAACGGGUUGUGCAGAAGAAGGUGGACGACCUCUCCUCCGACGCUGACCUCGGCUCAGAGGAGAAGGCGAGCAAUAUGACCGCCUUGGGCGCCAAGCUGUUCAGCGCGGCCAAGGCGGGCGACCUCCGCCUCGUCGAGAGGCUGGAGCAGAGGAUGCUCGAGGCCGGGGAGCAGCCGACCGCGCUCUGCGUCGGGGCCGUGAUGAAUGCGUACACGAAGGCCGGCGACGUGUCCAGGGUGGAGCUGUGGCUCGGCAAGCUGCCAAGGGACGGCCCCGAACGGCCCAACGUCGUCUGCCUCAACAUCGUCAUCAGCGCGUGGGCGAAGGCCGGCAACGUGGACCGCGCCGAGGCGUGCCUGCAAGAGAUGCGCCGCCUCGGCGUCGAUCCGGACGUGCUGAGCUAUAACACUCUGAUUGAUGCGUGCGCGCGGCUGGGCGACGCGGAGCGCGCGGAGCACUGGCUGAGGGAGAUGAGGAAGGACGGCUUGCAGCCGAACGUCAUUUCCUACAGCUCGGUCAUCCAUGCUGCAGCCAAGGCGGGCGACAGGGCGGGCGCCGAAGCUUGGCUGGGGAAGAUGGAGCGCGGGGGCGUGUCCCCGAACGCCAUCUGUUACAACGCUGUCAUCCACGCCUGCGUCUCCGCGGGCAGCGUCGCGGGAGCCGCUGGGUGGAUCGACCGCAUGUCGACGCUUGGCGUGAUGCCAACAGCCACAAGCUACAGCGCGCUGAUGGACCCUCUGGCGAAGAGCGGCGAUCUCGCGCAGCUGGAGGUCUGGCUGCGGCGGAUGGUCGACGCGGGCGUGGAGAGCGGGACCUGGUCUGCUACAGCAUGCUCCUCCGCGCCUGCAAUCGCGCCGGCGACGCGCCGCAGGCGCGCGCCUGGUUCGCUCGCAUGCAGGAGGACCGAGGGGAUGGCAUUAAGCCCAACAGCGUGGUCUUCAAUUUGCUUAUCAACAUCCACGCGAAGACUGGCACCGUAG